AUGGAUACUGAAUUCCUCCCACAAAAGGAAUCGAUCUUCAAAACGAAAACUUUCCCGAAACCAGUCGUUUGGAAAAGACCCCAGGACCUAAGUGAGCGCCCGAGGUUGAUAUCCCAUGGAACGAGUCGGCAUGACAUGAAACAAGGUCAACUUAACGAUUGUUGGUUUCUUUCUACGCUGUCCGCCAUUGCGGAAAAAUCUCAGCUUAUGAACAAAAUUCUUCCGUCGCACAACUACACAUUCGGAACUGCAGAAUACACUGGCAUCAUCCACUGUCGUUUCUGGCAGUUCGGAUCCUGGGUUGACGUUCUUAUUGACGAUCUACUGCCUUCUGUCGACGGGGAUAUCUUGUUUGCCCACUCAUCCGACCCGAACGAAUUCUGGGUGUCGCUAGUUGAGAAGGCUUAUGCAAAAUUAAACAAAUCGUACGAAGCUCUUGAAUUUGGUUUUGAAGCAGAUGCUUUUACCGACCUAACAGGAGGCUUAGCAGAAUGGUACAAUCCUGCUGAUCUUCAAGAUAAGGAUUUUUAUUUGAUACGAGCAGCGUUUCAAAAUGGAGCUAUUAUUGGUUGUCUUAGCAUGGAUAGACAUGGUCGCCAAGAGAAAGACAAAAAGGGAAUGGUGCCGAACCAUUCGUAUGUGAUCACUGGAGUAGAAGAAGUUCCUUACCGACACCAGUCAGCCAGAUUGGUAAGGGUCAGAAACCCUUGGGGAGACACUGAAUGGCAGGGUGCUUGGAGCGAUGGGAGUGAAGAUUGGGAUUAUGUUCCUGACGUCAUCAAAGAAGAAUUGGAGUUAACUUCAAAAGACGACGGGGAAUUCUGGAUGUCGUUCGAUGAUUUCCGACGUCAAUACUGCAAUAUGAUUAUUUGUAAUUUGGCGCCAGAUUUUGAUCACGACGGUAUCAGCGAUAAAGCAGAAUGCCAAAUAAUGACUCGCGAUGAAUGGCAACAAGACUUCAACGCCGGCGGUUGGCUGGAAUGUGAUAGUUUCUAUAAGAAUCCACAAUAUUUGAUUUCACUUCACCCUGACGCCAGUGUUCAACGUCGUUACAAUGGGCGUCUUCCUUUGAUUGUAUCUUUGAUGCAAAUAUACCGCCGAUAUCAAAAGUUGGAAGGAGAAGAACUCUACGCCAUCGGAUUCGAAAUAUUCCAGCUAACAGAAUCUCUCGAAACCUUAGCCGGGAAAAUGUUUUUCGACACGACCGAUCCUUUAAUGCCUGAGAACGAAGAAACAUAUGCCGAAUAUCGUGAGACGUCCGGUCGAUUCUUCCUCGAUCCGGGUCACUACCUCCUUGUACCAUCCACUCAGAUACCCGGAAAAUCAAGAGAAUAUAUUCUUCGUCUUUAUUCGGUUAGCCACAUGGAAUACAGAUGUCUCGGGAACUGUUUUAAUACUUCGACCACGUGA